GCGUUUCGCGAACAUAUGCUAUCUCACGAUUGGCUUCAAUCGUGUCGUGUAAUUAUCAGCGGCUCGGCAGGAGAAAGUUUUUAUUUCGCUUUGAUUUCUCCCUAUGUUAAUCCUUGGUGUUUGUUUCACUUGUGAGCUCAUCCUAAAACCAAAGCACAGCCGCGAUAAGGAUGGUGAUAGUGACGGUCAAUAUUUAACGGCUCUGUUCAGUCUAUCGUUGCUAACCGUUGUCGUAUGGACUGUGCAAUAAUACUCACGGCCACAGGAAGACUUGUGGGGGUAUAGAUUGUUCUGUUGUUGCGCUAGCGCCUGAAUGCUGCUGGUUGUAGGUGUUUUCGGUUCCCCGGAGAACAAUGGUAGACCUGGCUCAAUCGAAGAUAGAAGACGGGUAUUGGGGACCCAGUUUAUCGGGAGUAGACAAAUACGAAUUGGAAUGGCGCAAUAUUCUCACUAUCGCCAAUGACAUCACGCUCUACGACCUGCGGCAUGCAGCUGUGCGCGGCGAUCUCCGAGCUUCGCCUUUCCGCAGCAUUUGUUGGGCUGUGUUCCUAGGCGUGCUUAAACGACCCUCAGCGGAAUGGAGCGAACAACGGAAGCACUUGAGAAAUGAGUAUCGAACACUGAAGAACAGAUACGUUUUGAAUCCCCACCAAAACUCGGACGGUGGUGAUGAUCCGCUCUCGCAAGCUAAGCAGAGCCUGUGGAAUCAGCACUUCUGUGACCAGGAGCUAUGUGCGGUUAUAAACCAGGACGUAGUUCGAACCUUUCCGGGAGUGGAAUUUUUCCGAAAGUCUUCGAUACAAAAAAUGAUGACGAAUAUUUUGUUCUGUUACGCGCGGAUGUAUCCUUCCAUGUGUUACCGGCAAGGAAUGCAUGAAAUUCUGGCCCCGUUGAUUUUUGUAAUUCACAGCGAUCAACAGACCAUGGCUCACAUUCAGGAACUCGACCCAAAGGUUGAUCCCAAUCUCAUCACAGUGCUCGACCCAUCCUUUCUAGAGGAAGACUCUUUCGCUAUCUUUCUUAAAAUAAUGGAACAAAUUGCGUCCUUCUAUCGCAUAACGGACUUGGUCCCAACGGCCACAGGGCAUUUUCCGCUUGUAACUCCGUCAACUCCCACCAGCCCAGACAGCGCGUAUGUCGCGAGGAAAAGAACGGAAAUAGAAGUUGUCGAGCGACUGAACUACAUAAAAGAUAGAAUCCUUAUCAAGGAGGAUCUCCACUUACACAAUCACCUGCUAAAGCUUGAUGUCCCACUGGCAAUAUUUGGUAUUCGCUGGCUGCGGCUAUUGUUCGGAAGAGAAUUCACCUUGCAGGAUCUGCUGCUGCUGUGGGACGCCAUUUUCGGAGAAGGGGAUGAUCUGGGUUUGAUCAAUUUCGUUGUUGUAGCUAUGUUGAUAAGAAUUCGUGAUAAAUUGAUUUACAGUGAUUAUACGACUUGUUUAACGUACUUAAUGCGUUAUCCAUCAAACGUGGACGUUUCGCUCGUGAUACGUCACGCUCUGCAUAUGAAAUCACCAAAGACCUACGAGCGCCCAGAGGGCGCAAUGGUCUACGUGUCUUCUCCGCCGGUGAAAAAACCCAUUCAGCAACCUGUGAUGCGUUCGAGGAACAUUGAACUGGAGCAUUUAAAAUAUUCAACUCUGCCAAACAUGCAUAGACGACAGGUAACGGCUGACCAUCCUCUGCAGGGCAGCGAUGAACGAAUACGCACAGCUUCUCUGCCGAGAAAAUCUGGAUCACUACGGAAAUUGACCGCGAAUGAUCUGCGGGAAAAGGCAAUGAAAGCCGCAGUUAGUGCGGCAGCUGCGUCCAACCAGGGUGAGAUUGCGCGGGACUCCGAUAUAAGCGACGGAUAUUUGGAAGAUGAUCCUGAACUGAUGAAAAUCGAGCUCCAAGAAGCAUACAAUGUCAUGUCACUCAGCCGAGCGAAGCUGCUACAGUACCUGAGUGUACUACGGCGCCAUGUGCAUCCUCCCAAUCCCAUAGGCGAACUGCAACAGUCCCUUGAAGGAAUCGAGGAGAUAUGUUCGCUGCUGAAGCCACGGUACGAUACGGUCUUCCGCGUAUCGGUUCCAAUCGACGCCGCAACGGAAGCCAACGAAGAUCAUUCCCAUUCGAAGCGCUCCGGUACGGCACCGCCAGCUCAACGAACGCAAACACCUCCAACGAGCCUUAAUCUGCAACGAUCUUACAAUUACGACCUAGACUGCAGACGAAACAGUGCUGCCAAUAUAUUGCAAUACGAAAUUCCGGAAGAUAGGUACAGCGGGAUAGUAACGAAAAAACUGGCGAACCGAAAGGAGGUCGAGAUGCACGUUUUUCAGCAGAAUUUUGCCGAUCGACGUCGUCGGAUAGAUGACAAAGAGUUGCCUAUCCCGGAUCCACUGCAGGCAGGACGGACGGACUCAGACUAGCAUCUGCCGGAGCUUUUAAUCUUCGAAGUUUCAAUGCCUAUAACAAGUAUUACCGUUAGCAAACCUUGUCGAAUACAUCGAUUAUGACGGUGGUUCUUUUCUAAAGGAAACAAUAAUUUAUACACUAGUAAUAGCAACAUAUUCUGUACGGCCGCAGGUUUGACCGAUCGGGGUCGAUAAAAUUUUGAGAAAAAAUUAAAUGAUGCAUUCUCUUCUACCGCUUAACUGCUUAUUGUGUACCAUAACUCAAUAUACCAUUGUUAUUUUUCAAA